AUGGCGGACUCUCUGGAUAGACGAUCUCAUAAUGGCCCAUCGACGGACUCCAGUCAGACUGCGGCCGAAGUCAUCGGUUCUCAGCCAGAGAAUGCGAAAGAGAAUGACGGAUCACUGCACGAUGAGAGGUGCCUGCCUUCUCGCUCUUCGGCCAGCUCGAAUGUGAAUGCCCCUAAAGAGAUGCCUACUACGGAAGAGGAGCAUAACCCCUUGGAGCUGACGCCAUCCCAAAGCGAGAAAAUGGCAAGAAAGCAAGUGCUAGCAAUCAUGGGCGCGCUCUGUUUGGCGCUGUUUCUGGCGGCGUUGGAUAUGACCAUUAUCUCCACGGCUCUGCCCACGAUUGCCGCUCAAUUUCGUGCCAAUGAGACUUCGUAUACGUGGAUGGCCUCGUCGUAUCUCCUUGCCAAUGCCGCCUGUCUACCCCUAUGGGGAAAGAUAAGCGAUAUCUGGGGGCGCAAAAUUGUCAUCCUGAUCGCAAAUGUCUUGUUUCUGGUGGGCAGCUUGGUCAUCGCUCUGUCUAAUUCGCUUGCCCAGUUCUUGGUAGGUAGAGCGCUGCAAGGGAUAGGCGGCGGGGGAAUCAUUAUUCUUGCGCAGAUAUGCGUGAGUGAUUUGUUCAGUGCCAGAGAACGGCCGAUGUAUUAUGCCAUGUUUGGAGCUACUUGGGCAAUUGCUGGCUCGCUUGGGCCGGUAAUCGGCGGUGCCCUGACUCAGAAGGUCACCUGGCGAUGGUGCUUUUAUAUCAAUCUUCCUACCGGUGGAGUCUCGCUCCUAAUUCUACUCCUCUGGAUGAAUAUCGAAUCUCCCAAAACUCCGCUUCUCGCCGGCCUCAAGGCGAUUGACUGGCUUGGAACCAUUACAAUCAUAGGCGGUACUAUCAUGCUGCUCUUCGGGUUGGAAUUCGGAGGAAUCACGUAUCCUUGGGACUCCGCGACAACCCUCUGUUUGAUCAUCUUUGGUAUCGUCGUUCUGAUCCUCUUCUGGUUCGUGGAACGAAAAAUCGCCAAAUACCCGAUCAUGCCCACCGCGCUUUUCGAAUCUUGGAGCAACGUCUUCAUUCUCGGGGUCAAUUGGUCGCAAGCCAUGAACUUCAUCGCCGGGGCGUACUAUCUACCCAUCUACUUCCAGACCGUCCUCGGCGUCGGGCCUAUCCUCAGCGGCGUCUACGUCCUCCCGCAAGUCGUUGGCCUCUCCGUCGUCUCCAUCAUCUCCGCUGUCGUCAUCCGCAAAACAGGCCACUAUCUCUGGAUCAUCCGCGGGGCCACCGUCGUCACCGCGCUCGGAUACGGCCUGUUCAUCGACCUCAAACCGUACCCGUCCUGGCCGCGCAUCAUCAUCUACCAACUCAUCGCAGGCAUCGGCAUCGGGCCCAACUUCCAAGCGCCCCUCAUCGCGAUCCAAUCCGCCAUGAAACCAUCCGACGUCGCCUCCGCAACCUCCACAUUCGGAUUCAUGCGUCAACUAUCAACCUCCAUCUCCCUCGUCUUCGGCGGCGUCGUGUUCCAAAACGUCAUGAAGCAGUCGGCGCCCAAGAUCAGAGCCGCGCUGGGCCCGGAACUGGCACCCGCGUUCUUGGGCACCAUUGCCGGCUCGAAUAUCGAGAACCUGCACCGCCUCAACGACGAGCAGAAGCGCGUUGUGUUUACCGAGUACACGCACACGCUGAGUCGGCUGUGGAUCUUCUACACCAGCGUGGCGGUGCUGGGGUGCUUGUUUAGCCUGGGGAUCAAGAAGACGGAGUUGAGCAGGCAGCACGAGGUUACCAAGACGGGGCUGGCGGAGCAGGAGCGUGCCAGGCGGGAGAGGCUGGAGGAGCAAAAGGAGAAGAAGCGGUUGAAAGCUGAGAGGAGUAAUGGUGGGAAUGGGAAUGGGGAGGAGACGAAGCCGGAGGUCUGA